AUGCUGCCGUCACGGGAGAUCGUCGCGACAAUUCUUCUGGCAGUGGCCAGCCCAGUUGCGGCCGUGUGGCCUAUUCCAACUUCCAUGACAACAGGCAAUACAUCCCUGCUGAUCAACCAGAACAUUGCCGUCACAUACAACGGUGCACCAUGUUUAAAUCCUGACCGUCUGCUCGUGCAAAAACAGGUUGUCUACACGUAUGGCUAUGAGCCUCGCGAUGUCCAUAACAGUGCUCAAGUGGUCGCCGGCGGCGUGUCGCGUGCGCUUUCAGCCAUCUUCCAAGCAGGGCUGGUGCCGUGGAAGCUGCACCGGAAGAACUCACUCGACAGCUUCCAACCUAACCUCUACUCAGGCACGAAGUGGGAUUCAAACACGACCUUCCGUCCCAAGGCCGGCGAGGUGGAUGAGUCGUACAACCUGACGCUCAGCACAGCCGGCGCCGCCACGCUGACAGCCGUAUCGUCUACGGGCGUUCUGCAUGGUCUGGAGACGUUCGCGCAGCUCUUCUAUGAGCACACCGACGGCAACGCCUGGUACACGCCCUUUGCACCGGUCUCGGUUCAGGACUCCCCCAAGUACCCGCACCGCGGUGUGAUGAUGGACGUGGCGCGCAACUGGUACGACGUUAAGCACAUCUACCGCACCAUUGACGCGAUCUCGUGGAACAAGAUGAACAGGCUACACCUACAUGCUACGGAUUCACAGUCGUGGCCGCUGGAGAUCCCGAGCAUGCCGGAAGUCGCCACCAAGGGCGCGUAUCGCUCGGACCUGACCUACGGCGCCGAUGACCUGGAGGCUCUGCAAAAGUACGCCAACGCACGGGGCGUGGAACUGGUGGUUGAGAUCGACAUGCCGGGCCACAUCGGCUCUCUGUCGUGGUCGCACCCGGAGCUAAUUGUGGCGUACGACGCGUUCCCGUAUUUUUGGUGGUGUGCCGAGCCGCCAUGUGGUGCAUUCAAGCUGAACAGCACGGAAGUUGAUGAUUUCUUGGAUAAGCUGUUUAACGACCUGAUGCCGCGCGUGGCGCCCUACUCGGCCUACUUCCACAUGGGUGGUGACGAGCUCAACGCCAACGACUCUCGCCUCGACCCCGGCGUAGGAACCAAUGCGACGGAGGUGCUGCAGCCGCUCCUGCAGCGAUUCGUUGCCAACAACCACAAACGCGUGAAGGCGCACGGUCUCUCGCCGAUGGUAUGGGAGGAGAUCCCAUUGACCUGGAACGUGACGCUGGGCAACGACACAGUGGUGCAGUCUUGGCUGGGCGACAGCUCGGUCAAGUCGCUGACGCAGCAGGGCCUCCAGGUCAUCGACAGCAACUACAACUACUGGUACCUCGACUGCGGCCGCGGAGAAUGGCUCAACUUUGCCAACGGCGAGGCAUACUCGACAUACUACCCGUUCAAUGACUGGUGCGAUCCCGCCAAGAGCUGGCGUCUGGUGUACUCGCACGACCCGGCGUCCGGCCUGUCGGACGAGGAGGCCAAGCUGGUCCUGGGCGGCGAGGUGGCACUGUGGAGUGAGACGGUAGACGGCACGAACCUGGACACGCUGCUGUGGCCUCGCGGCAGUGCCGCAGGCGAGGUACUGUGGUCGGGCAACAAGGACCCGGUGACGGGCCAGAACCGCAGCCAAAUGGAAGUGGCGCCGCGGCUCAACGAGUGGCGGGAGCGCAUGGUGCGCCGUGGCGUGAUGGCGGCGCCGAUCCAGAUGGUGUGGUGCACACAGGCAGACAACUCGACCGAGUGCUCGGCGCCGGCGGGGCCAGGUUACUAA